AUGCUCUUUCAGGAGUCAGAAGAAGAAAAUAUGUACAUUACUAGUAAAUACGAACCACCGACUGACUUUGACACGAUCACUAUCCGUACGACCAAUGUUUCGACUAACUUUGGCACGAUCUCUCCCACAACGAAUGUUACUACAAAUAUUAGUAAAUACGAACCAUCGGCUGAUUAUGACACGAUCGACACGAUUACAACCCCUACGGCAAACGUUUCAGUUGAUCUUGACCUUGUCACUACUCCGAUAACCAAUAUCCCUGUUAAUUACGGCACGAUCACUCCUAUGACCGAGGUUCCAGAAUUCUUUUUACUCCCUGAAGUAGAUAUAAAGACCUGCAGGGUUCUACUAAAACCAUACCGUCCUCGUGGUUGUUCAGCUUCUUCUGUUGAAUCUGAUUCAUCAGAACUUCCAAAAGACGAACAUACCUACGAAGGUCCUCUAAUAUAUUACGAACCAAACUUAACUCCCGAGACAUUAGCAGAAACAAAUGCUAAACAACUUCGGCAACCUAAAGGAGAUCCACGAAUAAAUCGCGAAUACGCACUAAGUCUUAAUGUCAAACGACAAAAGUAUUGUAAGUCAUUACAAGUGCUGACAUACGAGCAAGAUAAAAAACUACAUAAUCGUAAGGAAUCCACUAUCAUCAUAUCAUUCCUUGAUAAAUUCAUGCAUGAAUCUCAAAUUCGGGAAAAUUUUGAAGAAUGUGGAUAUAUACGAGAUUGUAAUAUUGAAAAACAUCCGGAUUAUAACCAUAGUCUUGGAAUCGCAACAGUUACUUAUUUUGGCGAUGAAGAUGGUGUAGCUUUAAAUGCAGCGAGAGAGGCUGUCAUUAGGUUUAAUGGCAAACAAAUAGCCGGUGGUCCACCAAUUAAAGUGGAGUUAGAUAAUGAUGGUUCAAAGUUAAAAUCUUCUAUUUCUGCAACUAUUUCAGAAUGUCAAACACAAAAAGGAACUCAUUCACCUAGUAAUAGUCGUAAAUCAACACCAUUAGCAAAUGAAAUUGAUAUGGAAAUUGAUGAUGUGCCAUCCCCAUCUCCACCAAUGGCGCCACCAGAAGCUCCUCCAAUAAAAGUCCCAUUGGAUCCAUCACCGUCUCGAUCAUUAGAUAGCAUCAAAAAUAAAUUUGUAAAUUCUAUUCCAACAUCUACAACGAAAGACACAACGUUGAUAACAAAGCUUCCGGUAAAAGAUUCUUCUAAAAUAUCAUUAAAAGAUUCAGUUCCAGCAUCUAAGGCGCAAUCAAAAACUUUUUCAACAUUUAAAACUUCAUCAAAAGAUUUUGACUCAGAUAAGAGAUCGUCGAAAGAAUUUGUUUCAACACCUAAAAUUUCUUCGAAAGAUUCUACCAAAUCAUUUAGUGAAAAUUUGGAUAAGAAUGAGCAAAAACAAAAUAUUCAAUUUAUGAACGAUGACAAAGAAGAUGGUGAAAUAGAUUCAAAUACUGAUGAACCAACUCCACGCAAUAUUAAAACUAAAGGUUUUGAAAGAGGUCUAUUUGAUUCAAAUUGGAGAUAUUCAGUUGACUCUAGAACUCGUUUAUCAUGGCGCGAAUAUGAUUAUCCACAAUAUGAUUCUGAUCGUCAUUUGGAUCGUAGAAGACGAAACUCUUCAAGAGAUAGAUCUAAUAAAAGUAAAUAUUCUAUUGAAAGGAGUAGAAGUCGUGAUAGAAGUCCAAAUGGCCGUUCACGUAUUCGAGAAAGCGAUCAAAGUCGUGAUAAGGACAACACAUGUAACAAUGAACGCGAUUAUACAUAUCGUAAUACGUCGGAAAGGCAUCAAAUUUCUUGCAAUGAUGAAAAGAAAAUUAAAACUGAAAAGGAGGAUGUUGAUGUAGAUACUA